UUUAUAGGCUAAAAUUUUCCCUCACAAUUAUAGGUAAAAUUAAUCAUAGUCAAGUGAUAUUAGGAAUAUAUCAUUCACUUACAUGUAUAGGUAGAUUGUGAUUGUGUUUGAUGCUUAUGAGAAGAUUACACGAGAGAUGCCACGACUGUGCUUCAGUUCAUAAAUGGCUGUGUUGCAGAGUCCCGAUUCCGUUUUGCAACGCAUGUGGGAGGAGAGAGAGCGCCUUAUCAUGAGGGUCAACGCUCUCGAGCACGCCAAUGAAGAGUUGCUGCGUGCAAAUGACUUGCUGCAGAAGGAAGCUGCCCGACAAAGUCGUGACUGGAAAAAACGGCUGCUAGAUUGCCGCAGCUUAAAGGAGCACGCCGAAGAGUGCGCAUAUGAACAGGAGCAGCGGCAUAGCGCCCUUCUUGCCCGCGCCACUGCUGAGGUGGAGGCUACUCGCAGAGAGCGCGACUACUGGCAGAUGCGCCAUGGGCUCUAGAGGAAGCUCUGCAGGAGUGUGAAA